AUGGCAGAAAUUGGUUCCGAAAACUAUUCCAAAUAUUCACUACUAAAACUGCAAAGUCACAAAGAAUCUCAUCGAAAUUUCCUUCAUCGUUAUGAUCUUGGGAAUACUGGGAAAGAACCCAGAAGUAUACCAGAAUCACCUGUAGAAAUAAUAUCUCCUUCACUAGCCAUCCUUCCUUCUCCGGACUUUGUAGCCGAGCCUAUGGAAGUCGAUGAUAGGACAGUAGCAAUACCUGGCGAUAAGACAAUGUCUAGACAAGACAAGCUUGAACGUCUAGCAUUGCCAUCUACUUCACGCGGUUAUAGAAGAAGAAAUAAAGCGAGAAAACCACCAAAGAACUAUCCAGAAGACCAACCAUCUGUAACCCUUGACGAAAGCAUACUCUCCUUAUUGUUAAAGCUACAUUCGAAACUUUCUGGAAUUCCUGACAGUUUUGAUCCAGACGAUGAAGAAAUUGAUUAUUUUGUUGGCGGCGAUGAUACGGUUCCUUGUGGAGAUGGUCCAUUCUAUGUGGGAAAACUGCUCAAAAAAAUCGCCAUCUCAGAUUCUGGAUGUCACAGUUACAUACAGGAGAGCAGGCGUCAAUUGUGGCCUUCGGCCGAGGAGAAUGAAAAAGCAAAGAGAAUGCGCGAAAAUAAGGAAAGAGAAGACCGGAGACGUAGGGCGAAAGAUAGACAGGAUAAGUUGAUGGCGGAAUUUGCAAAAAAGCAAAACGACUUUUGGAAACGCGAAAAGGAACGGAUGGAAACUGAUGAAAAUUCUGAUAGUAGUAUGGAUGAAAGUGAGAUACCGAUUAGUAAAGAGGAAUACGAUUGUGUUAUUUGUAAUACUAGUUCUCCUAGUACGGAAGACAAACCAAUGGGUCUGGUGGUUUUGAUACAAGCUACUAGUGUUAUAGGUCAUAGGCGAAGAUAUGGACAGCCAGAAAGAUCGACUUUGCCCACUUGUGAUGAUGAACGGGAACAGUGUAGGAAAGAUGACACUUUGUCAGCAGAAUUCGAUAGAAGAACAUCUUGGUUCCUAUCAGUGAACACUGGCUGGGACGGUGGCGUACAUGUACAAACCUGCGGUCAUCAUCUACAUUUAGAUUGCUUAAAUUCGUACUUGACAUCGUUGCGGUCGCAACAGAGACAACAAACUUUGUCUCCAGAAAAGGGCGAAUACUUGUGCCCCCUUUGUAGGCAAUUAGCGAAUUCCGUGUUACCUUUAUCGCCACAAUACGGCGAUAAAUCCCAAAUGGUUCGAGCGAAGCCUAACGAUUCCAUGUUACAUAUUUUGGAGGAAAUUAGCGACUUUUUAAAUGACAACGAUCAGAAACCAAGUUCGUCUAGUAUGGCAGAAGCCAUAGGUAAAGUGAUGGAAGAUAUGACGAAUAGUACGCAAUUGAAAGCGUUAUUUAGGCCAAAAAGCGAAAAACCGAUACCUCAAAGUUUGAUCCUGUUUGUUAACUCGAUAGCACGAACCAAUUUGGAAGUGGAGCUCGUGCAACGGGGCGGGUCUUUGGUUUCUCCUACCAGCGAUGCGCCCAAUCCUUUACUGCCAAAAAGAGAUUGUAUAGUUCCUUUACUCCACGUCCUGGCUGUCCAUGCACGCGUCGCACGCAGUAUAGCCAGCUGGCCCGCCUGGAUGUCUUUCAUUCAACUGUGUGGCCUGCCAGCCAAAGAACAAGUCUCAUUGAUACCGAUGGAACGAGAAGUACCUCUUUUACUUAAGGAUCCUAUAGCGUUACUAUUGCAAUUUGUUUUAUUGUUGCCUUUACAUUUAGAUCAAACUUAUUUUACGACUACCGUCAAAAUGGUUUACAAUCUUCUCUAUUACCAAGUGGUAGCGCAAAUAUCAUGUGGUCUAACCAGUGCGGAAAGGAACAGAGCCGCCAAAGAAGCUAGUAGUUGGGCGAUCAGUAAUAUUUGUGACUCUCUGGGGUUGAUCGACGAAUGUUUAGGUCAUACAGACUUAUAUAUGGACGAUGAAGAUGAUGGCAGCGAAUCUGCCUCUUCAUCUGAGGAAGAUCCGAGGGAAAAAUUAAAUGUUGUUGCCUUGGAACAACAGUACUACCACGAAAGACCUUGCAACCAAUGCCAUUCGGUCGCGACAGAAACCAGUAUAUGUCUGUUAUGCGGUACCAUAGUGUGUCUGAAACAGAACUGUUGCAAACAGCAAAAUGUAUGCGAGGCGGUGGCGCACGCCCAAGAAUGCGGAGCUGGAACCGGAGUGUUUCUUGUCGUCACUUCGACCUACAUCAUAGUUAUAAGGGGGCACAGAGCGUGUCUUUGGGGCUCCCUGUACCUAGAUGACUUUGAGGAGGAGGACAGAGACUUGAACAUUACCAAAGGUUUGGAGUUUUUGGAGAAUUAUCUUAUAGGAUACGAUAACUAUUCAGAUGACCAAAUAAAAGAAGUAAAGCACAAAUUUUCUUAUAUUAAGUCCGAAUUUAAACGAAGAUGGGGAAUUGCAAGCAAAAAGGAACAUGUUUUCUUGGAAAAAAAUUCUGAAUGGCUGCAGGAAAAUUUUGAAAUACCAAGAGCAAUACAUAAAACCGGAAGACCGCCCAAAACUUUUGAUGGGCUAAGUGAAAGAAGUAAAAGAAGAAAAACAGAAGAAAUGUGUGCUAGUGUUGAUUCCCAAAUGUUGACGUACGCGACACAGGUAAAAUUGCGAUGUGAAGGAAAACGAGACGUUUCAAAAAUUGUGAAAGAAGUAACUGGCUCCCAAACGGAAGCUGAAAAAUAUAAGAAAGCAUACUCUUGUUUCGAAAGGGAGAAGUCACGGAUAACAGUUCUACAAGCGCUCUCAAUGUUUGUGGAAGCGAAUUUAUCCCAAAAACAGUACGAAAUAAUUAUAAGCACUGCUAAAGGUGUCUUUCCUUGCUACAGCUUGUUACAAAAAGCAAAUAAGACUGCUAUCCUGCCAAAGAGUCCUUUAUUGCUAUUGAUUUAUUUAGAAGAGGUUCUCCAAAGUUUAGGUGAAGAGGAACGUAAAUCUUCACUGUUGAUUUGCAAAUGGGGGUGUGAUGGAUCACAACAAGCACAAUUCAAGCAAAAGUUUGAGAGCGAAACUGGUUCCGAUACAAAUAUUUUUCAAAGUUCUUUUCUACCAUUACAGUUAAUUUGUGAAGUUAAUAAAAAAAUAAUCUGGCAAAAUCCAACCCCAUCUUCGCCACGCUACUGCCGACCUAUAAGGAUUAGAUUUGUUAAAGAAUCUGUCAAUACUACAAAGGAAGAGAUCUCGUAUGUAGAAGAGGCAACAAAUUUACUGGAGCCUACAAGAGUGACACUUUUUUACGCUGAUUUUUCUGUUAGGCAUAAAAUGAUGCUGACCAUGAUCGAUGGAAAAAUCUGCAACGCUGCUACUGAUAUCACAUCUACAAUGAAGUGUUACAUAUGCGGUUUAACAUCUAAAGACUUUAACAACAUGCAAAUAAAUUGA